AUGUCCGAUGAAGUUGCUGGACAUGAACGAAAAGGAGAAAAAAAAUUGAUAGAUCUAUUAGCUUCAAUUCGUGACGCAGACUCUGCACGAGAACGAUCCUUGCUCGUUAAAGAAAUAGCUAAUGAAAUUGCCAAAAACCUUGUCCUGACUGCUGUUAUAACAGUUUUAAUUCUCGUUUCUAUUUUCGAAAUUUUCAUUGGAUUGGUGAAUAUGAACGAUUGCCCAGUGAAUAAGAAAAUCCCUAUAUGGCUAGUAGUUUCUGGGGGCACUAGCUGCUUGCGGUAUAUUGUCGCAACAAUUCUUUCAGUGAAGAUCAACAAGAUGGGUACGCUAUAUGCCUUUAGAGCAACAUGGGAGGCUGCGUUCAGUGUGUUUUGGUUAGUUUGGUUGAUUCUUGGUAGUUACUGGACAUACAGCGUUUAUAACAAAACAAAACAGAAGAAGUCGGGCUCGUCGCAUCGAAUCCGCUAUGAGGCACUAAAUCCAGGAGCGCAGACGCUCACGCUAUGUUUGCCAGCGAGCGACGGCAAGAGUGCAGGUAUAGUCGGGUCGGAACGACAUGAAGCGCGGAGAGUUGCGCAAGCGGCUGCGCUCGAAGCGAUGCUGCUCUUACUGGCAGUAUUUCUACUACCAGUACUAGUAGUAUGCCGUUCUGAGCCCGAACUACUAGUUGUUACCGUAGCCACUGAGGAUACGGAUGGGUUACGACGACUUCUAAAAUCAGCCGAGGUAUUCAACUUUAAGGUGCAAGUACUAGGCAUGGGUCAGGAAUGGAAAGGAGGAGAUACAAGAGUCACUCAGGGUGGUGGACAGAAGAUUCGGAUUUUACGUGAAGAGUUGAAAGCAUACAAGGAUCGAGACGAUUUGAUUAUUUUGUUUGUUGAUGCGUACGAUGUAGUAUUCACCGCUGGCCCAUUGACAAUUCUGGAGCGGUUCGACACGCAUUUCGACGAUAAGCGAGUACUGUUUGGUGCGGAACCAUUUUGUUGGCCAGAUGAGUCACUCGCUCCGGAAUAUCCGGUGGUGGAAUUUGGAAAAAGAUACCUUAAUUCGGGACUUUUCCUCGGUUAUGCGAAAGAGUUUUACAAGAUGAUCAGUCUCAAGGAAGUAGCGGAUGACGAUGAUGACCAAUUGUAUUACACAAUGAUCUAUUUGGAUCCGGAAUUGAGAAAAGAGCUAAAAAUUGGUCUCGACACGAUGUCUCGUAUAUUCCAAAAUCUUAAUGGAGUAACUGAUGACGUUGAAUUACAUAGCGGAUGUUCAUUUUGCGGAAAGAAACCGAAUGUUGAUUUUACGACCAAAGACCCGGCGGACUUUCCUUUGGUGGCAGUGUCAAUAUUCAUCUCUAAGCCAAUUCCAUUUAUUGAAGAGAUGCUCGAGGCAGUAGCUCGUUUGGACUACCCAAAGAAAAAAAUGCUGCUCUACAUCUACAGUUCGCAGCGUUUCUCAAUCAAAACCGUGAUGGAUUUCUUGUCCAAGUACGGCUCUCAGUAUUACUCUAAGAAGGUUAUCAAUGGCGUCUCUGAAAUUGGCGAGCGUGAAGCAAGACAGGAAGCCUUAACUUUUGCUUCGCGAUUUGACGCCGACUUUCUCUUCAACUUGGAUGGAGAUGCACUGCUCACCGAUAUGAAGACUCUUCAGCUCCUGGUAGAAGCUUCGGUCAAUCAUGAUCUAGGUAUCGUUGCUCCACUGCUUGGUCAACCAAAUAAGAUGUUUACUAACUUCUGGGGUGCAAUCGCUGCGAACGGCUACUACUUACGAAGUGAAGAUUAUCUUGCUAUUGUUCAACGAAAAAGGAUCGGAAUUUGGAAUGUACCGUUCAUUACAGCAGCUAUUCUCAUUAACAAGGAGAAAAUGAAAGAGAUGAAAACACCGUAUUUCUAUGACAAACGUAUUGACGCUGAUAUGUCAUUCUGCAAAUGGGCUAGAGAUCAUGGUCACUUUAUGUACGUUGACAACGAGCACUACUUCGGUUUCCUCAUUGUUAGUGAAGAUUUCGCCGAGGUUGUGCACGAAGGGAAGCUACACCCAGAACUGUGGGAAAUUUUCGAGAAUCGCGAGCUUUGGGAAGGCCGUUAUUUACAUCCCGAUUACAACAAGCAGCUUGAGGAAGGAUAUGAGGUUGAACAAGCUUGUCCGGAUGUGUACGAUUACCCAUUGGUAUCGGAGAGGUUCAGCAAAGAGUUGAUUGAAGAAAUGGAGCAUUUUGGAAAAUGGAGCGAUGGUUCCAAUAAGGACGAGCGCCUUGCCGGAGGAUACGAGAACGUACCCACCAGGGACAUUCACAUGAAUCAGGUCGGUUAUGAAAGGCAUUGGUUGUUCUUCUUAGAUGAAUACGUUAGACCAUUACAAGAAAAGGUCUUCACAGGAUACUAUCACAGACCGGUUGAGGCAAACAUGAUGUUUGUGGUUCGAUAUCGCCCAGAUGAACAACCGUCACUGCGUCCUCAUCACGACGCCAGCACUUUUAGCGUCGACAUUGCUUUGAAUAAAAGAGGAGUCGACUACGAAGGUGGAGGUGUACGUUAUACACGAUACAAUUGUACUGUACCAGCAGACCAAGUCGGCUAUGCUAUGAUGUUUCCUGGCAGACUCACCCAUCUUCAUGAAGGACUUCCAACUACGAAAGGAACAAGAUAUAUUCUAGUCUCAUUUGUUAAUCCUUAG